GUGCAGACAAGAAAGUGAUUAUUACAUCGUCCAAUGGGGAAACAGACUACGUUAAAUGGCAUUGUUGUGCAACUGACCAAUAAGCAACCGACCAAUGAUGUGUGUCGUGCACGUUCAUUGGUUGAUGGAAUACCGGAAAUUCGAAGAGAAAAACUGUAUAAAUUCCUAACGUUUUUUUCAAACUAAUUCACAUUAGAGUUCUACUCAUAUUACCGUCCAAAUCUAUCAACAAGUAUGCUCAGUAUAACCAUCGAGUGGUUGGUCGGCAAGUGGAGAGGAACUAUCGAAGACGUGGCCAGAAGCCGAAUCUCCAACCAAGGGGAAUUAAAAGUCGGGGAGGUGGUGCAUAUUGAGCACAGGCGAGGCCAGCAUGAAGCCAGCAUCGUCGCUUUAGAGAAACCGCGGAUCCCGCAAGCCACCAAGACCAGGACGGCCGUCAACGCAAUUCUUCGGCAGAAGCUGAGGCAGCCAUCGAGGCUAAGGCGGCCGUCGAGGAUAGUUCUACCAGUCGUCACAAGACCCGUCAACGUUAGCGACAGUGACACAGACAGCGACAUCGCUGAAGACUUCAUGGUGCACCAAGCUGACCAAACCUCCGACCAGUCGAUGGAUGUAUACCACUUCAGCGACAUGCCCGCGCUUUCUCCGACCCUCUCCGACCAGUCCGCCAACGAACCACUCCACCAAGCCCCCUCUCCGACUAAUCACACCAACCCGAUGAAUAGCCACGCGUCCACCGACCAGUCUUUCGGCCUACCCACGCUUUCUCCAAUUCCCUACUGCCAGUCCGUCGACGAAACCCUCCACCUAGCGACCAUCGACCAGUCACCCGAUGCACAUAGCCACAGCUUGGAGGCUAUAGUGCGACAACUCGCAACUCUCCAACAACAAAACAAAACGCUAAUCCUUGAAGUCACCAAUCUGAAGAGGGAGUUUCGGGCGAUGAGCGGCCUCCAACGAAAGGAGCCACCGAAGUACUCCAAGCUCUCGGGCAAUCAGGUGCUCAUCGGGUCACCAGACGCCAACAUCACAGUCGACAAGGUUGUAUACGACCGAUGCUGGGAGGCGACGACUAAGGCCAAAGACUUGGUAAUCAGUCUGCUGAAGGUGGUCUACACAAAGGAAGAACUCGCCGCACACAACUUCAAUGGCGGGGACGUCUGGACCGGCAGACAGAUGGUCACCAAACGAGCGCUACGAGCCGACGAUAGGUUUAAGGCCAUCGUCGCCCAGGCAGAGGUCCAGUAUCCCGGUGCCUUUGGGUCGUCUUUUCUGCAGAAGCAGCUACGUGAUUCGGUGAACAAUAAAUGUAGAAAGGCUACACAGAGCCUACGAUCCGCCAUCUCCCUCCAGUAGGAUUGUAAUGCCACCACCUUUGUUUUAGGCCCAACACUGUGCUUGAAUGCACAUUGAAUAUUGUAUUUAUUUUCAGUGAUAAAGUGUAAAUAGUUGAAAAUAAAUUCAAAUUCAAAUUUAA